AUGGAACACAAGCGGGACGCUAACUCCUGGGUAAAGUUCCGCUUGUUGAUGUGGAAGAACUUUCUGCAGCAGUGGAGACACCCAGUGCAGACUGCAGCCGAGCUGUUAAUACCAGUUAUUACUUUGUCGCUUAUUCUUAUUAUACGUUGGCAAAUAGUGCCUUAUGAUAUUAAAUUACAGGCUUUUGAACCUGUACGGGCACAAUCCCUCAGCAACUCGUCUUUGAUGAUUUUGAGUGAAAUGAACCUAACUGAUAUAUCAAUUGCCUAUUCACCUCAAAGUAACAUAUUAGAAGAUAUUGUAAGAAGAGCUAUAGGAAAUUUAUUAAUAGACAAUGCGCAGUAUCUCAUGCCUAUAAUAUUAGAAUCAUUAAAUUUAACAAAUAUAACAAUUCCGUCAAAAUUGGGACUGAAUUUAAACGAGAUCAGUGAAACUAUAUCAUCACCACUAAUUAACGUUCAAGCAUUUAAUAAUAGUGCUGAUCUAGUGGGAAUUUAUUCUGAUGAACUUUAUACUCGGAAAACAUUGGCUGCAGUGGAAUUUAGUGACUCAUUACUUGGAGCAACUGAUAUACCAGAUAAAAUAAAUUAUUCGUUAAGAUUUCCUGAGAGGCCACGAUUAAACUCGUUUUUUUUAACUGGUAGUCGAAGUUGGCGUACUGAUCUCGUUUUCCCGGCAUUUGAACAACCAGGGCCUAGAUUCCCAUCCUCACCAGCAGGAGGCGAUGAUCCAGGUUAUGUAUAUGAAAUGUUUAUCAUUCUGCAACACUAUAUAACAACAGAGUUAAUACAUACAAUAACAGGCCAGAAUUUAAGAAGUUUUAAUAUAAAUUUGCAAAGGUUUCCUCACCCAGCUUAUUCAGAGGAUUUGGCUGUAGAUCUGAUGCAAGAACUUCUUCCACUAUUUGUAGUUAUAAGCUUUACUUAUAUAGCUAUAAAUAUUACUAGAGCAGUUACACUUGAAAAAGAGUUACAGUUAAAGGAAACUUUGAAAAUAAUGGGCUUACCGACAUGGAUUCAUUGGAUGGCGUGGUUUUUCAAACAGUUUCUUUUCCUUUUACUUGGCUCCAUACUUAUCGUGCUUAUCCUAAAGAUAUCUUGGUUUUCAUCUGAAGAUGGUACUGGGAAUACUGCAUUAUUAACAUACACGCCUUGGCAUGUUCUAUUUUUUUUCUUGAAUUUAUAUUUUUGUUGUAUGAUAUUUUUCUGCUUCAUGAUCAGUGGAUUUUUUUCAAAAGGAAGUACCGCGUCAUUAUUCAUGGGUAUUAUUUGGUUUAUAACAUAUAUUCCUGCGAUGUUGCUGUCGAUGGAUAUCAACUUGUCAACUGUAGGCCAAGCUUUCACAUUCCUCAGCGUAAAUACAGCAAUGUCAUAUGGAUUUCAACAGCUGUUAGCCAAAGAAAACUCAGGAGGCAUGCAAUGGGGUGAAUUUAUGUCGAUGACCGAUUUAGACUCGACACGUUUAACAUUUGGCCACGUGGUCAUAUUUUUAGCUGUGGAUUGCGUGUUAUACAUGUUAAUUGCACUUUAUUUAGAACAAGUUCUACCAGGGCCAUACGGGAUACCUAAGCCAUGGUAUUUCCUUUUUCAAAAAAGCUUUUGGUGUUCAGGAAGAAAGCAAAAUGAAAUUCUUGAAACAGCAAACUCUAGUAACCGCGAAAUAACUAUGGAACAGGAACCGACAGAUCAUACAAUUGGCGUAAAAAUUAUAAAUCUGACAAAAGUAUUCGGCUCUAACACCGCCGUGAAUAACUUGUCUCUAAACAUUUAUGACGAUCAAAUUACUCUUUUACUUGGUCACAAUGGUGCUGGGAAGUCUACCGUUAUAUCAAUGCUUACAGGUAACUUGCCUGUGACAAGUGGCUCGGUGUGGGUUGCGGGCUACGACAUGAGCUCACAAUUAACCUCAGCUCGAAGCCACCUUGGACUCUGUCCACAGCACAACGUUAUUUUCGAUGAUUUAACAGUCAGAGAACAUCUCGAAUUCUUUGCUAGACUAAAAGGAUUCCAGGGCGUGGAACUGGAUAAGGAAAUAAAGACGCUCAUAAAUGAUUUAGAAUUGCAAGACAAACGAAAUGAUUUAGCCCGCGGUCUGUCUGGCGGACAGAAGCGCCGCCUGUGUGUGGGUAUAGCUUUGAGUGGGCAAGCGCGCGUCGUUUUACUGGACGAGCCCACCUCGGGCAUGGACCCGUCGUCGCGCCGAGCACUUUGGGACCUUCUGCAAAAAGUUAAAAAGGGUCGAACGAUUAUUUUAACGACUCAUUUCAUGGACGAAGCCGAUUACCUGGGCGAUCGUGUGGCAAUCAUGGCUCAUGGACAACUGCAGUGUGUCGGCUCUCCAUAUUUCCUAAAACAACAUUAUGGUGUUGGAUACACUUUGGUCGUAGUAAAGGAUGAAGAUUUUAGAAACGAUGAAUGUACUGCUUUACUAAAUAAAUAUAUUUCUAACACCGAAGUUAAAGAUGAUCGCGGUACUGAAGUAACAUACAGUUUAUCAAAUGACUAUUCUUAUAUAUUUGGUGAUAUGUUGAGUGAAUUGGAAAGCAAAAUUGACAGCAUAAAAUUCAAAAAUUACGGUUUGAUUGCAACCACAUUGGAAGAUGUGUUUUUGUCAGUGGGAUCUAGUUCGGAAUCAAUAAAAUAUUUAUCAGAGGACACUGACUGUAAUACAAUUAAUAAUAAUAAUAUAAAUCAACAUGAUAUGCCCACGUCCUCGAUUGAACAGUUGGACAAAGAAGAGAUUGUAACGGGUGCCCAAGCGAUAUGGUUGCAUGUUAAAGCAAUUUGGAUUAAACUGUGGCUGACGAAGAUACGGUCAUUUUCUAUACUAUUAUUACAAUUUAUAUUUCCGUUAUUCGAUAUAGUAUUGACACUUAUUAUUAUGGAAUACUCAGUGUCUUUAACUAAUGCUAUACAUUCUCGACUGCUCUCAUUCACUGAAGGAUAUGCUAGUACAGAAAGUCUUUUGGCUUUCAACGGUACGAAUUCGACAUCCGUCGGAGCAUUGGCGAAGGUUGCGUAUGAAGAUGUGUACAGCUUGUUAGAUAACAAUAAUAUCAAUCUCACUGUUGUUGAUGGACAGCCAAUCGAUACCUACUAUUUAAAAAGGGCUGAAGAAGGCAACAUGGGACAUCUAAGGUACAGCUUACUGGGCGGGGCUACUUUCAAUGACGAGUCAGCGACUGCAUGGUUCAGUAAUUUUGCAUACCACGACUUGCCCACCUCACUUGCUGCCCUCCAUAAUGCCGUGCUCAAGGCUUUCCAACCAAAUGCUGAAAUCAACGUGGCCAAUCAUCCUCUCGAAGCAAAUUAUGAAGAUCAAAGAGAUAUGAACAUAAUGCUGCUGAUACUGUCCUUUCAGAUAUCAUUUUCGAUUGGGAAUGGUAUGGGAAUGGUCACUGCUGUUUUUAUUAUGUUUUACAUCAAAGAACGCGUGUCGCGUGCCAAGCUGUUACAAAAGGCAGCCGGUAUAAAACCGAUCGUGAUGUGGGGUAGCGCUGCGAUUUUCGAUUGGUUUUGGCUUCUUGUUAUUUCCAUCACUAUUGUCAUACCAUGUGUCGCCUUCAGUGUUAUUGGUCUCUCUAGUGCAGCUGAAAUAGGUCGCUUGUACUUGUGUAUCAUGGUGUAUGGUGCGGCUGCUCUGCCGCUGCACUACUUAGUUUCUAUGUUGUUCAAUGGGCCGGCAAUAGGUUUUGUCGUCAUGUACUUUAUUAAUUUACUAUUCGGUCUCAUGGGAUCUCAAAUCGUGGAGGUACUGGCCAAUCCAUUACUGGAUACAGAGAAUGUUGCGAAUAUUAUGGAUGCCAUUUUGCAAUGUUUCCCGCUCUACUCCUUCGUUACAGCAGUUCGUUCCAUGAUUUCGGUCACGAUGGCAGAACAUUCGUGUCUGGAUAGAUGCGAGCGUUUGUCGCAUCUGGCACAUAUAGAGGAAUGCAACAUGCAGGUUCUUUGUCAAAACUAUCCUGACGUCUGUUGUGUUUCCGACUCCGCUCACUUUAACUGGGAAAAGCCUGGUAUUCUGCGAUACUUGGUUGUUUCAUUAAUAUCAUGUGUCGUACUAUGGAUCAUUCUUAUGGUUAUCGAGUACCGGCUUUUACAUAAGGUAUUCACAUUUACAAAAAAAGCACUGCCUGUAGAUGAGAACACAUUAGAUGAAGACGUAGCCAACGAAAUUCAACACGUGAAGCGCGUAAGGAACUCUGGUCUUGGAGAUGACAGCUUGGUGGCGAGCGAGCUCACCAAAUUUUAUGGAAAACGACUAGCUGUCAAUCAAGUUUCCUUCACUGUGAGCGAAUCUGAAUGUUUCGGACUUCUGGGUGUUAAUGGUGCAGGCAAGACUACUACUUUCAAGAUGCUGAUGGGAGACGAGACAAUGUCAUAUGGAGACGCUUUCGUUGGUACUCAUUCAGUAAAAACGGAUAUCACUAAUGUCCAUAAAAACAUAGGCUAUUGUCCACAAUUCGACGCAGUAUUUGGUGAGCUGACGGGUCGUGAGACAUUGUAUAUAUUUUCGUUACUGCGCGGUCUCAAACCAGAAGACUCCUCCAAAAGGACUAAUAUUCUCUCAACUGCAUUAGGUUUUACCGAACAUUUGGAUAAAAGGGUCCACCAGUAUUCCGGCGGUAACAAACGCAAGCUGAGCACGGCUGUGGCGCUGAUGGGCCGUACGCGGCUCGUGUUUGUGGACGAGCCCACGACCGGCGUGGACCCGGCAGCGAAGCGUCAGGUUUGGCGAGCACUACGCGGCGCGAUGAACGGCGGCCGCGGCGUGGUGCUCACGUCUCACAGCAUGGAGGAGUGCGAGGCGCUAUGUUCGCGACUCACCAUCAUGGUCGCCGGCGGCUUCCGUUGCAUAGGCACGCCGCAGCACCUUAAAAACAAGUUCUCACAAGGUUUCACUUUAACUAUUAAACUUCGUUUCGUUGAAUCGAAUGCAAAUGUCUCUUCAAACGCUACGGCCGCAGAUGGUGUAAAAGAUUAUGUACGCACAAAUUUCACAAAUCCUACACUGAUGGAGGAAUACCGAGGCCUACUAACAUAUUACUUACCAGAUCGCAAUGUAGCUUGGUCUAGUAUGUUCGGAAUAAUGGAGAACGCAAAAAGGGAAUUGGACAUCGAAGAUUACAAAAUUUCGCAAACCACUUUAGAACAGAUUUUCUUGCAGUUUACAAAAUAUCAGCAAAACCAGAUUUUACAGAGUACAGAAUUAUAAAUAUACUAAACCUUGGUAAAACUUCCCAAAGCCAGAGUUCCCUUCAAGCUCUUUAUCCUAUAAAAAGUUAUAGAGAGGGAGAUUACAUUGUGGGUACUUUCUACUGCCGAUUUUGAAAUAAGAUCAGUCGUAUGUCAUCUAAUUGCUUUUAUAAAGAUAAUGGUAAACGAUACGGUUAAGUACCACUAAAAAGAAAUGUAAUUGAUUAUCUAUGUUUAGAAUUAUUGAUACACUAAAUAUAUAUGGCUAAUGAAGCGCAAGUGCACAUUGAUUAUCAUAAUUAUCUAUGUAUUAUGUCUAGAGGGACAGAUUACAAUUAUGUAAUCUCUCCCUCUAGACGGUUUACUUAGCACGCAUUUGUCACGUUUAAUACUUGUACUUGAGGGUAUAACUUUCAUUGAACAAUGCUUUAAUUAAGAAGUUAACUACAGGCGCGACUUAGGUUUCUGGGUCUGAGUAAUUAUUUUAGAAGCUCUAAUCAUUUUGUGUCCAGGCAGAAUUGAAUGUCUAGGACUAUUAGGAAUGUAAAUAUCUAUCCUGAAUCUAUGAUUAUCAUGGAUGUCAUGGACGAGAUCUGGAGGAGAUAUCAUGGACUAUAUAUGUAUGUCUCCUUGAGUUUAGUUA